AAAACGGUAUGGAACACAUUAAUGAACUGAAAAAUGUUGCAUAGUAUGCCUUUAAUUGGUAAUAAGCUUCAAAAUCAAAGAGGUAUAAUUGCAUAACAAGGGGGGAAACUAUGAACAUAGCAUUGGGGCUAACUAGCCUCUUGUCCUUAUGCAGAACCUGGUUUCAGGUUAGCUGUUGUUCACACAAACAUUAGCUCAUCGGUGCUAAUAACCAGUAAUAUAACAGAUAGUUUUUGGAGUCUACUAAACACCAUCAUUCAGAAAUUCAACACCCCAGUGACCAUAGGGCAAUUCUCCCUACGGGAGCUGACAUGUCAGUCAGCUCCCGUAUAUUGAGUCCAUUUGGACUUUGGCAGUCAUCAAUACGGAGCUCCAUCAAUGCUUUCUCAUUUCUUUGGGCACCGUUGACCUUCAUCUAAAAAAACUUGUCCACCUCCGCGUUAGGCAAUGGUAUUUAUUUAAGCAAUUUUAUUCAUUGUGUACUCAGUAUCUGCUAUGGCUGUUGUGUGUUUUUUAUAUAUGCCGGAUGUGAUUGUAGUUCUGGAGUCGCUGUUAUUAUGCCAACGGUGACUCCACCCCUUAGUCAAUCAGAGACAGCUAGCCUUCUAAAGAAAUACCUCCAAGUCGACUCACUGUGGUUGGAACCCCAGUGAAGCAGUUACUGGAAAUUGAAACGGUUCUACAUAAUCGUUACUAGUGGUAAUACCUAAAAAGCAAUACGUACCUUGGCAAACUGCCCAAAUUUGGUGCUACUGGACAAGGGACAGAAGUGACUCUUUUAAACUGGGAACAAAAUCAGGAGUCCAACAAAUGGCCGUGGAUUAUGAUUAACACAAUGUUAUGCAUGCGCAUUUGUAAAUAUUAUAUAGAUCUUUGAGGAUAACAUUUUGGUUCCCUAAACAUACUGCCUUAGCAAAAAGGUCAAUAUUAUAUUAGCACUUUAAGGGUAAAAAAGGCAGUUGUUUAAAGAGCUGACUUUUGGGGGGAGUCGUAACAGUAAUGUACAGUGAAGUGUUUUGUUUUGUUCUGUGUUUUACUGUUCUACAUUUUCUGUAAAUGAAAUGCUGCAAACUCACUCACCCAAAAAUCUUGGCACGUUGUGAGGCAACAGAACAUGAAAAAUGACAAUAGGGGUGAAUACUCUUACAAAACAACUGUAAACAACACAAGAAACAACAAUGCAAAAAUAAAUAAUAGGAAAAAGUAGUUAAAUCCAAAAAUUACAAAAAUGCCUCAGUUCAGGCUAAGAUCAAAAUACCUUCUAAUAUGCAUAAUGUGUUUCAAUGUUUCCUGCAGAUGUUAAGCAGAAGGUGAUUGUUAAAGAAGAAGCUUCUUUAGACCACAGACCUUGUGCUGACCUGCUUGACCCAAACCCCCCCUACAUAAAGGAGGAACAGGAAGGAGUCUACAUCAGUCUACCAGGAGAGCAGUUCAAUGGGGAGGAGGUGAUUAAUGCCAUCAAGUUUCCAGUCGCUUCUCCUCCCAAGAAGACUCUGGAUGGUGUGGAUAAAGCUGUGUCUCCACAGCUUUAUCCAGACCAAAUUAAGGGCCGAGAAGUUCCAGAAGAAAAUGAUGGAGAAGAAUCCAGCAGGAUACAAGAUCAUCCAGAUGCUUCAAUUUCUUUAAAGAUUGAAGACGCUGAGGAGGAUGAAGAGCACAGUGAUGAAGACCACCGUCUCUCUGAGCUGAAACGCUUGUCGAACUCUGGAUAUAAGAAAUGUUCUACAGGGAAGAAAAAUUUGGACUCAAAAAAGAAAGCCCAGACAGGAGUGAAGCUUAGCUGCAAAGACUGUAACAAAACAUUUAUUGGAAAAUAUGCUUUAAACGCACACAUGGAAAUCCACACAGGACAGAAGCCCUUCUUUUGUGGUCUAUGUGGACAAACAUUUAGUCGAAAAUCAACUUUAAACAUCCACAUGAGAAUCCAUACAGGACAGAAGCCUUUCUGUUGUGAUCUGUGUGGACAAACAUUUAACCGAAAAUCUAUUUUAAACACACACAUGAACAUCCAUACAGGACAGAAGCCUUUCUGUUGUCAUCUAUGUGAACGAAGAUUUACCCAAAAAUCUCAUUUAAACAGACACAUGAGAAUCCAUACAGGACAGAAGCCUUUCUCUUGUGAUCUAUGUGGACGAAGAUUUUGCCUAAAAGCACAUUUAAACACACACAUGAGAAUCCAUACAGGGCAGAAACCUUUCUGUUGUGAUCUAUGUGGACAAAGAUUUAGCCAAAAAUCAACUCUAAACAGACACAUGAGAAUCCAUACAGGACAGAAGCCUUUCUCUUGUGAUUUAUGUGGAAAAAGAUUUAGCCUAAAAGCACAUUUAAACACACAUAGGAGAAUCCAU